UCACUUCUCCUGUGAAUCAAAUCAAAUCUCGUCCCCAACAACCGCACAUGCAUCAGUAAUCAAUAAUAUAAAAUGAGUGAAUGCAGUUUGGUUGCAGAGGCAAUAUGGAAGGAAAUUGAGUCUACACGGACAGUGAAUGAUGAUCAACUAUGGACCCAGUUUGCAUUUCCUAUUUGCCAAGAACUUUGAGGGAGCCACUAGAAUUGUUGAUCAAAGAGGUGUCAACAAGAUUUCUGCUCACCCUAGUGGAAGGUUCAUCUUUCAGGUUAUGGGGGAAUCCCGAAGAAAAGACCAAUAUCUGUGUUUUGCUGAAAACUUUUGUGCCUGUUAUUCUUUCUUCUAUGAUGUUGUUAGCAGAGGAGAACAACUUUGUUGUAAACAUCAGUUAGCUGCAAGACUUGCUGCAUCCUUAGGAUCUUAUGUUGAAGUUAAGGUGUCUGAUGAGGAGCUAGCUUUGUUGCUAUCCAAACUAUAG